CCUAAAGGGAAGAAAACACUCAGCAGGAAGAAGCUGGAAACCCCACCAGCCACCACACCUCGAUCUCCGACUCUCCAAAGAGAGGAGAUAUUGCGCCGAUCGUUUCGAGCUGCCCUCCUGUUCUUCCCGCCCGGCUAGCAUGGCUCCCCAGAUUCACAAUAACGUGAACCACGCCGCCCAGGUUGUCCAGGGCAGCUUGGACGCCUUGCCCCAAGAAGUCAGAGACUUCGUGGAAAGUAACGCCCAGUUGUGCCAACCGGACAAAAUUCACAUCUGCGAUGGUUCUGAGGAAGAGAACAAGAACAUUAUUGACUGUAUGGUGGAACAAGGCAUGAUCAAGAAACUGAAGAAGUAUGAUAACUGCUGGUUGGCUCUUACAGAUCCCAAAGAUGUGGCCAGAAUUGAAAGCAAAACUGUCAUCAUCACCCAGGAGCAAAGAGACACAGUACCAAUCCCCAAGACUGGAAUUAGCCAACUGGGUCGUUGGAUGUCUGAGGAGGACUUUGAGAAAGCCUUCAGUGCCAGAUUUCCAGGAUGCAUGAAAGGCCGAACAAUGUACGUGAUUCCUUUCAGCAUGGGCCCCAUUGGUUCUCCUCUGUCAAAGAUUGGCAUCGAACUGACAGAUUCACCCUAUGUAGUGGCCAGCAUGAAGAUCAUGACCCGAAUGGGAACCCCCGUCUUGGAAGCACUGGGAAAUGGGGAAUUUGUAAAAUGCCUUCAUUCCGUGGGCUGCCCCUUACCUUUAAAAAAACCGUUAGUCAACAACUGGGCCUGUAAUCCAGAACUGACGCUCAUUGCUCACAUUCCUGAUCGCCGAGAGAUUAUUUCCUUUGGAAGUGGUUAUGGUGGAAACUCUCUCCUGGGGAAAAAGUGCUUUGCCCUCAGAAUAGCAAGCAGGAUUGCUAAGGAAGAAGGCUGGCUUGCAGAACAUAUGCUGAUCCUGGGCAUCACAAAUCCUGAGGGCAAGAAGAAAUACUUUGCUGCAGCUUUUCCUAGUGCCUGUGGAAAGACCAACUUGGCAAUGAUGAACCCAACACUUCCAGGAUGGAAAGUUGAAUGUGUUGGUGAUGAUAUUGCUUGGAUGAAAUUUGAUGAGCAAGGCAAUUUAAGGGCUAUUAACCCAGAAAACGGAUUUUUUGGAGUCGCUCCUGGGACUUCUGUGAAAACGAACCCCAAUGCCAUUAAGACUAUUCAGAAGAACACUAUCUUUACCAACGUUGCAGAAACAAGUGAUGGAGGUGUUUACUGGGAAGGCAUUGAUGAGCCUUUAGGCCCAGGAGUUACACUUACAUCAUGGAAAAACAAGGAAUGGACUCCAGAGGAUGGAGAGCCUUGUGCUCAUGCUAAUUCCCGGUUCUGCACUCCUGCAAACCAGUGUCCCAUCAUUGAUCCUGCCUGGGAGUCUCCAGAAGGAGUUCCAAUAGAAGGCAUUAUCUUUGGAGGCCGUAGACCUGCUGGUAUACCUCUGGUCUAUGAAUCUAUAAACUGGCAGCAUGGAGUAUUUGUUGGGGCCUCAAUGAGGUCAGAAGCAACAGCAGCAGCUGAGCACAAAGGCAAAGUCAUCAUGCAUGACCCAUUUGCUAUGAGACCUUUCUUUGGCUACAACUUUGGGAAGUAUCUGGCUCAUUGGCUCAGCAUGGCUCAGCGCCCAGCAGCUAAACUGCCCAAGAUCUUCCAUGUCAACUGGUUCCGGAAGGAUAAGGAAGGCAAAUUCCUUUGGCCAGGAUAUGGGGAGAACUCCCGUGUCCUGGAGUGGAUCUUCAACAGGAUCAAUGGAGAAGACAAUGCUAAACUCACACCCAUUGGUUACAUCCCUUCUGAAGAUGCCUUCAAUCUCAAGGGCCUGACUGAUAUCAACAUGGCAGAGCUCUUCAACAUCUCCAAGGAGUUCUGGGAGAAAGAGGUGGAGGACAUUGAGAAGUACUUUGAAGAGCAAGUCAAUACUGACCUGCCUUAUGAAAUUGAAAGGGAAGUCGUUGCCCUUAAGCAAAGAAUAAGCCAGAUGUAAUCAGGCUAGUGGUGGAUUACUGUAUGUUUGGUUUUUGUUGUGGGGGAAACUGAUGACUAGUUUCCCCUUCAUAAGAUGCCUAGCCAAGUGAAUGACCAGGCACCGAGGAUAGGACGAUAAUAAAUGCACUGGGGUAGCACUCUAAUGAAUGCACUGAUGAGCCUGGUAGGAACUCUGAAAAACACGAUUUAAUUUUUCAGGAUUGGGAGGGAAAAUCUUAGUCAUAUCUCCUUUAUUCUACGAACACUUAGACACUAGCCCUUAUUCAUCUUAGUAAUAUCACAGGGGACUAUGAAACUCAGAAAGAAAAAUACUUGAGAUGUACAUAUAUGUAUUUGUGUGUGUGUAUGUGUAUACCUGAAUGUAUUGUUAUUAAAACAUAUUUAACAUCUUUAGAAAAUUCUUGGGAAAGAUUACUGGUUAGUCUUUACUAGAAUGAAAUGCUACUAUUAUUAGUUUAUCUGUUUAAAUUAUUUUUAUACACUAUUCCUUACCUUUAUGUGAUUUCUAAUUUUUGGCAUGACUUAACUCUGAAAUUAUUCAAUAAACUUUUGUAGAAAAUA